AGUGGUUAGCCUGUAUAUAGAGGAGAAGGCAGAGCGGAUCCCGGGUCAGACACAGAAACACACACAAGUGAGGCUGACUUUUCUCUCCGAUCGUCUCUACCUGUGAGUGAGUGACUGCCAGAAUACCCACGGUUCCUCACACCGCAUCAGAUUUAUCAUGAAAAUCAUCCUCUUGAUGGUGGCAGCACUGCUCCUGGUGCUGGAUGAGGGGACUGCAACCAGGAUCCUGUCAAGAAGGACCAAGAGGGAGCUUGCCGGUCCGCUCUACAUAGGUGCCAUCAGGGAUCCAUUUGGCUCUUACUGUCAGAGGAGAGGAGGCUGCUGCCCCGGCAGAGACGACCUGUGCACGGUGCCAUACCUGGACACCAUCUGCUACUGUGACCUGUUCUGCAACCGCACUGUAUCUGACUGCUGCCCUGAUUUCUGGGGCCAUUGUCUCGGUGUGCAGCCGCCUUUUUUUGGCACAUGUGAGCGAAAUGGAAACCAGUUUGUUACAGGACAAACUUACAAAGAGAACUGCAAUUUAUGUACAUGUGGGGCUUCGGGACGUUGGGAGUGUGACCAGCAUGCCUGUCUCAUGGAGUCCGACAUGAUUCAUGCAGUCAACAGAGGGAACUAUGGGUGGAGGGCAGCUAACUACAGUCAGUUCUACGGCAUGACACUAGACGAGGGGAUCCGAUACCGCCUGGGCACACAGAGACCCUCCAGAAACGUUAUGAACAUGAAUGAGAUCCAGAUGAACAUGGACGUUGAGAGUGAACGCCUGCCGCUUUACUUCAAUUCAGCAGAGAAAUGGCCGGGAAAGAUUCAUGAACCGCUCGACCAGGGCAACUGUGCUGCAUCGUGGGCUUUCUCCACUGCAGCUGUGGCGUCGGAUAGAAUCUCCAUCCAGUCUAUGGGUCACAUGACUCCCCAGCUGUCCCCUCAGAACCUCAUCUCCUGCGACAAACAUAACCAGAAAGGCUGCGCUGGCGGCCGUGUUGAUGGAGCCUGGUGGUACCUCAGACGUAGAGGAGUAGUGACUGAAGACUGUUACCCGUACCUACCGCCACAGCAAACCCCGCCAGAUGUGGGCCGCUGUAUGAUGCACAGCCGUUCUGUUGGACGAGGGAAGAGGCAGGCCACGCAACACUGCCCCAACACGCACAACUACCACAACGACAUCUACCAAUCCACUCCACCGUACAGACUCUCCUCCAACGAAAAGGAGAUUAUGAAAGAGAUUAUGGACAAUGGGCCUGUGCAAGCUAUUAUGGAGGUCCACGAGGACUUCUUCAUCUAUAAGAGUGGGAUCUACAAACACACAGAUGUCAGCUUCACCAAACCUCCACAGUACCCGCAACAUGGCACGCACUCAGUCAGGAUCACGGGGUGGGGAGAAGAGAGAAGCUUUGAUGGGACAUCAAAAAAAUAUUGGACUGCUGCCAACUCUUGGGGAAAGAACUGGGGAGAGAAUGGCUACUUCCGUAUUGCCCGCGGGGACAAUGAGUGUGAGAUUGAAACUUUUGUGAUUGGUGUGUGGGGCAGGAUCACAAUGGAGGACAUGCACAAACACCAUUAGUGACAGCACAGAUUUUACAACCCCACUUAUUCCACGUUUAGUUGGCUGAUUCCCAGGAGGAAAAUCACACCAGAAGUCCCCGAAUGUUGUUGCGUACAUUCCCACCUACUAAGCGGCUGGAAUAGCCGUGUAACUGAGCUAAAGCCGGUGCACCCUCCCCUUUUACAUCCUAUUUUAUCCUGGGGAUUAAACGUUCUCCACCUUUUCCUACUUCCUGUAAACUCAUUCUUACAGCACCAAGAAAAAAAAAAAAAAAGAAACCCAGAAUGAAAUAAUUUUUUUUUUUUAACCUUGCCAAGGUUGGUGUUAACAUGCCAUAUUAGGCACCUCAGGUACCUACUCUUCCAAAGACCAGACUUCCCACAACUUUCAGGAUCCUAUCUGUUAAAAUAUUUUCAAGCUGAGAUUUAGUGAAAAUAGAAUGAGACCCUCAAUCUUAUUGCUAGAUUAUUAAAUUAUGUGCUUCUUUGUCAAUGUGUGUCUUCAGAGGACACUUGGGUACCACUGGAAUGAGUUUGUGUCAAUACAAACGGUGACUUGUGGACACUCAAAUGAGGAUUAUCAGUUUCAUUGUGAGGGAGUGUCGGUUACAUUUUUGACCAUGAUGUGGUGCAUUUCUCUGGGCAUGAUCCAGAACACAGCUGCCUCAGUGUUGAGGACCUCAGUGGCUGGAAUUUUUAUAUCCACGUGUCACCUGAAUGCGGUAGAUCAAUGGGGAUUUCAACAGAUGAGGAUGGACCGGUUGCCUACUUGCCUACUUGGUUGAGAUCCAGGACCCAAGGCGGUUCUGCAAUGUGGUGGAUGCACAUGUUCUCAGACCCUCUCACUGUUGAACCCAAGACUUCUAAAUCUCUAAAUGAUGAUGCAGCAUUGGCCGGUCUCCACAUUCAGAAGACAGGUGUAGGUGUAGACGUUUCAGGGCUGCAGGCAGUAGUUUCUCAUACAUUCCGUUAACACGGGAUCUCACACUGGAAACAAUGGGAAUUUGGUGUGAAUAUACAAUUGCAGCACAUACUUAUAGAUAUGAUAUAACAGACCAACAAGCAAAACCACAGAUUUUUAAUACCUGUAUAUUUUAUAAGCUUUGUCAUGAUGAGGACUGUCUGUAAACAACAUAAUGUUAUACUGUACAGCCAUUUGUCUUGAUUGUGCUCCUUCACCAAUUAAACAUGUAACAUUUUUCAUAUGAGAUGAUGUAAAAUAACUAUAGACUGAAAUCUCUGUGCCAUUCCUGACCCUCUUUUCAAAUUAAAAGCAAAGAGGUUGAAAAAAUUGCCUACAAGAAUCUGUUGUUCUCACCACUGCAAAAGGUGUUUGUGCAUUUUAAUCUUGAUUUGCUUUCUUUUAUGUGCAUUGUUACAAUUUGAGCAGAAACAAUAUUUUUGUGCAGUGAUAUAUCAGAUCUUUAUUUUGAUACUUGUAUAAUUUAAUGUUUGUAAGGUCUAUCAGCCUCUCUACUCAGCUGCUUUGAAACAUUUCCUGCUUGUGGCGUAGAUUGUGUUGUGUUGCACAGUGUGUUGCUCAGUCUUUAGUCUAACGUACACCUCAUAUAUAAAACACCUUGGGCCCUAUCUUGUACCUGGCACAAAGCAGUGCACACUGCAAGUGUCAUUGCUAGUUUCCAACUGAUGCAUUUGUUAUUUUCACCCCCUUUUUAUGUCAGUAGCAAGUGUACUUGUGCUUAUUUAUGUGGCUGUGAGAAUGUUGGUCUUAAAUGUGGUGUGCUAAGGACAGUCUUGGUGCUAGGUAUAUAUAAAUCGCUUUUUGAGUUAACUGUUGCUCCUGAGUUAUCACGCAAACAUACAAACAAACCAACAGACAAACACCUGUGAAAAUUUUACCUAACUGCUUCACCUCAGGGAGAGUUGGUGGCUGCUCCCGUAAAUGACCCACUCAUUCACUUCUGAUGUUUUGAGCGCACACCUAUUUCCUCACCAGAAAACCUCUCACGUGAAUCCACAAUCUAAAUAACAAUCCACCAGGUGCCACAGCACACGUCUCUAAAAGAGAACAGCAUAUGAUAAUCUGAUGGUUUUAAUUUAUGUGAUGCCAAAAAUACACCUUUUGACUAACUAUAACCCUUACUUUGCGCUGCCGUUAUACACCUAAAUAGCAAAGUGUAGUUGGGCACACCCUAACUGUACUUGUGCUAUGUGCUUUGGCACAUAGGGGGGUGCUUUGUCAGGAAAGCACCCCUUGGGAUUAAAGGAUGUGAAGGAACCAAUGCUUUGGGGUAUGUUUAUGGUCAUUUUUCAUGAUGUCUUUAUUUUUUAAAAAUGGCAGGCUAAUCGAUGGAUUUCUUUUUUAUAUAUAUAUAUAUAUAUAUAUAUAUUUAUUUAUUUUUCGAGCCCUGCCGCACUUGAAAUGUAAAGCAUAGUGUAUUAUUACCAUAAAAUUAUAUUGUUCAAAUGUAAUUUCAACUGUAACUUUAACCCUCAAGAGACCAAGUGAGGUCAUUUAUGACCCCGGGCAUAUGUUUUUGUGCAUCAUUUUUCUAAUUUUAAUUGGGAAAAAAUGUUUCCUACCAUGAAUUUGUCAAUCUAUUUGUCCUGCAUUUGUUCAUAGAAUUUUGCAAGGAUUGGGCGAUCCAUGUGGCAACUAUAAUCCAAACUUUUUUCAUUCUGUUUAUAUGCACAAGUCACUCUGAUGUCUUUGCAAAAUUAAAAACAUUAGCAGGCAGAUAUUCUCCGGGAAUCCUCACGAACGGGGCACAACUUGCUUUGUGACCUGUUUUGCCUCAUUUCAUACUUUAAGCUAUGAAAUUUUUUGUAAGUCUGAUAUUUAUUUAUGCAACAUAUUUAACGACCACUUUGCUUGAGAGGAGCCAAUCGGGAAGAGAUGUGUAAGCUCGAGGGAAAAAUCAACGUGGAUACAGCCUGGGAAAGACAAACAACAUGGAUUUGUCAUGAAAAAAUCUGGAGUCUGUCCAAAGCUGAAA